GGGCAGGGAGUGGGACCCGCUGGCGCAGGCCGGGGAGGCCACAGCAAAGCGCAAGUUGGACGCAAAGCGCCUUGUGGCCGCAGCUUGCACACGUGCUGCGGGGGUGGGGUCAGGAUCCGAGCCCCGAGGCCAGCCAGGACCCCCGGAGCCAGGCCCGCGGCAAGGAGGGCUGCGCCUCGGGAGGGCGAGAGCGAGCAGCCUGCCCCUGCCCCUGCCCCGCCCCGGGCGGCAGAGCUGCCAGCGGGCCGGACCCACGCGUGGGGGGAGCCCCUUGCUCCGGGCUCGUGGGCACUACGAGCAGAAGCCGGGCCCCGGGGGCAGCUGUCGCUUCCCCAUGAGCCCUCCGCGCCAGGACAGCGGGAGGCCUCCCGCCCGCGCAGCGCCUCCCCCGGGCAGGCUGUGAGCCCGACCGGCCCGGCCCGGCCCAGCCCAGCCCAGCCCAUGGGGGCUGAAGGGAAGCGGCCCGGGGCUGGGCAGGGAGGAGACCGCGCCUAUAAAGACCCGUGGGAGAGCAGCCGGGCCCAGCCCGCCGAGCUCGGCCCCCGGAUAAAUCCACCUUCUUCCUUCCCCCGCAUCAGACUUUCCACUGGAGCGCCGGGGCCAGGCUGCUCGGGUUACACACGAGCCUGCGCGGGGCAGCGCGGGAAGGGGGCUCCGCGAUGCCGCGCUGUUCCGCCCCCCGCAGCUGGGAGCGGGCUCGGAGCGGGCCCCGCUGAUCUGCCCGGAGCGGAGUUCCCGCAGGAGCGGGGCCAGCCCGCCGCGCCCGGGCCCGAGACUUUCCCCGCGGGAGCUGCCCGGCACCAAGGGACGAUUGCGCGCGGAGCCCGCCGGGGCUUGCCCAGCGCCAUGCGCUGCGGGCGGCCCCUGGGCUCAGCCUGACCGCGGGGCUGGCUGCGGGCACCCACGGGGAGUCUGGGCUCUUUCUGCCCCCCACCCCCGCCGAAGUCGCGGGGCGGGAUGGAGCCGCGGGCGCUGUGUGGGGCGCUGUACUGGCUGCUGCUGCCUCUCUCGCUCCUGGCCGCUUGCGUGUUCCGGUUCAAUGCCCUCUCGCUCGUGUACCUGCUCUACCUGCUACUGCUGCCGUGGUUCCUGGGACCCACUGAACACACCAUCAAAGGGCACACAGGUCGUCUCCUCCAAGCUCUCCUGGGAACCAGCAUCCUCUUUCUCACUGCCCACUUGGUCUUCCAGAUAUGCCUGUACACUGUGCCGGAUCUGGGCCAGCUGCUGGGACAGAACUGCAGCACGUGGGAAACGCUCGCCCGUCACAUUGGGGUCACCAGGCUGGACCUAAACGACAUCCCCAACUCUGUGCGCCUGGUGGCUCCCGACCUGGGGAUCCUGCUGGUCUCUGCCACCUGCCUCGGCCUGGGCCACCGCCUGGUGCCCAAGGGCAGUGCAGCGGUGCGUGUCCAGAGGCUGGAGUCGCUCGAGCCCCUCGAACAGGAGGAGGAGGAGGAGGAGGACCUGAAGAGGCCGGCUGGGCAAGAUGCUGCAGAGGAGGUGGGCUCUGCGGAGCAAAGGGGGCCGCUGGCUGCUACGCUGCGGGUGAGGGCGCACUGGCUCCUGCUGGCGGUCGGGAAGUUUCUGGCCAUCCUGCUGCUGGCUCUGGCAGGGAUCGCUCUGCCAUCUGCCUUCUCCAGUGUCUAUUACCUGCUCUUCGUGGGCAUCUGCACCUGGUGGGCCUGCCACUUCCCCAUCAGCCACCUGGGCUUCAACACGCUGUGCGUCAUGGUGGGCGUCUUCGCUGGCGGCCACCUGCUCUGCAUCUACAGCUACCAGGCGCCGCUCAUCCAGGGGCUCUUCCCCCCUGCCAGCAUCUGGGCACGCAUAUUCGGCUUGAAGGCCUUCAUCCUGCCACUGAAUUGCUCCAACCCCAACGCCCUCCUCCUCAACACCAGCCACCCCUGGCCGGUCUACGUGAACCCCGGUGUCCUGCUGCUACUGUAUUUCACCGUGGCCUCUCUGCUGAAGCUGAGGAGGUUGGACUCCUCGGAACGGGACAUGGCGGAGGCAUCAGCGGUGGCAGCGGACCCCCAGGAUGAGCUGGUGGAGCUGGAGAGCUGGCCCAGUGGGGGAGGCCACCUAGCUGAAGAAACCGAGCGGAUGCUGUCCCCGGGCACCGAGGCCUCAGCUGCAGACACUGAAAACUGCACCGUGCACAUGAUCGGGCCAGUGAGUAAGAAGCCGGAGCGGCGCAGGCAAAGGCUGCCCCUGCACACGCUGGGCCACGUGAUAAUGAAGCAGAGCUACGUCUGUGCCCUCAUCGCCAUGAUGGUGUGGAGCAUCACCUACCACAGCUGGCUGACCUUCGUGCUGCUGCUCUGGGCCUGCCUCAUCUGGAUCGUCCGCAGCCGGCACCACUUCGCCAUGCUCUGCUCCCCCUUCCUCCUGCUCUACGGGCUGGCGCUCUGCAGCCUGCAGUACGUCUGGGGCAUGGACCUGGAGCCCGAGCUGCCCACCCGCGUCGGCUUCAUGAGUCUGGAGCAGCUGGGGCUGGUCAGGACCAAAUACCCCUGCUUGGACCUGGGGGCCAAGCUGCUCUACACCCUGCCCUUCUGGCUGCUGCUGCGGCAGUUCGUGAAGGAGAAGCUGCUGAAACGCCAGCGCCCGCCCGCCCCGCUGCUGGAGGUGACCGUCUCCGACACAGAGCCCGGCCAGCCACGGAGCAUGCUGAAGUUCUUGGGCGAGCUGCUGAUGGAUCUGUACGCCAAGUACUGGAUCUACGUGUGCGCCGGGAUGUUCAUCGUGGUCAGCUUCGCCGGGCGCCUGGUGGUCUAUAAGAUUGUCUACAUGCUCCUCUUCCUCCUCUGCCUCAUCCUCUUCCAGGUCUACUACAGCCUGUGGAGGAAGCUGCUGAAGGGCUUCUGGUGGCUGGUGGUGGCCUACACCAUGCUGGUGCUCAUCGCCGUCUACACCUUCCAGUUCGAGGACUUCCCCAUGUACUGGCGCAACCUGACCGGCCUCACCGACCAGCAGCUGGGCGACCUGGGCCUGGAGCAGUUCAGCGUCUCCGAGCUCUUCUCCAGCAUCCUCAUCCCGGGCUUCUUCCUGCUGGCCUGCAUUCUGCAGCUCCACUACUUCCACCGCCCCUUCAUGCGCAUCACCGACCUGGAGCACGUGGCCCUCCCGGAGCCCCGGAGCCCGCCUGCCCCCAGGUGCGAGGAGGCGCGGGGGAGCCACCCGCUGCCCCGCGCGGAGGAGGAGGCUGACCCCGGGGACGCCGACUCAGCCUCGGAAGCGGUGCCCAGUAAGUGGGGCCUGGUGCUGGAGCGCCUGGUGGUGCUGGGCUGGACCUUCUCCGACAUCCUCACCCGCGGGCAGGUCUUCGUGCGGCGCCUCCUGGAGCUGCACGUCCUCAAGCUGGUGGCGCUCUACACCGUGUGGGUGGCGCUGCAGGAGGUGUCGGUCAUGAACUUCCUGCUGGUGGCGCUGUGGGCCUUCGCCCUGCCCUACUGCCGUUUCCGCCACAUGGCCUCCUGCCUCUGCACCGUCUGGGUCUGCAUCAUCAUCGUCUGCAAGAUGCUGUACCAGCUGAAGGCCGUCGGCCCGCGCGAGUACUCCAGCAACUGCACCGAGCCUCAGCUGAAUGGCACCAACCUGCUGGGGGCGGAGCUGAAGAACUCCACGCUCUACCGGGGCCCCGUGGACCCUGCCAACUGGUUCGGCAUCCGCAAGGGCUUCCCCAACCUGGGCUACAUCCAGAACCACCUGCUGGUGCUGAUGCUGCUCGUCUUGGAGGCCAUUGUGUACCGGCGCCAGGAGUAUUACCGCAAGCAGUACCAGCUGGCACCGCCCGCCACCCAGACACUCUUCGAGGAGGCAUCGCGCGAGCACCUGGACCGGGGCCUCGUCAGCUGCGCCAAAUACUUCGUCAACUACUUCUACUACAAGUUUGGGCUGGAGAUCUGCUUCCUCAUGACGGUGACCGUGAUCGGGCAACGCAUGAACUUCAUGGUGAUCCUGCACGGCGGCUGGCUGGUCGUCAUCCUGACCCGGCGCCGCCGUGCUGCCAUCGCCAGGCUCUGGCCCAAGUACUGCCUCUUCCUGGCCCUCUUCCUGCUCUACCAGUACCUGCUGUGCGUGGGCAUCCCCCCCGCCCUCUGCAUAGACUAUCCCUGGAGGUGGAGCCACUCCAUCCCCAUGAACUCGGCUCUCAUCAAAUGGAUGUACCUGCCCGACUUCUACAUGGCGCCCAACUCCACCAACCUCAUCAGUGACUUCCUGCUCCUGCUCUGCGCCUCCCAGCAGUGGCAGGUCUUUGCAGCCGAGCGGACGGAGGAGUGGCUGAUGGCGGCCGGGGAGAACACAGACCUGCUGGAGCUGGCGAGGGGCAGACCCAACCCGGUGCCCAACUUCAUCAACUGCAGGUCGUACCUGGACAUGCUGAAGGUGGUGGUGUUCCGUUACCUCUUCUGGUUCGUCCUGGUCGUGGUCUUCAUCACCGGUGCCACCCGCAUCAGCAUCUUCGGCCUGGGCUACCUGCUGGCCUGCUUCUACCUGCUGCUCUUCGGCACGGCCAUGCUGCGCAAGCCGGCCAAGGCCCGGCUGGUGCUCUGGGACUGCCUCAUCCUCUACAACGUCACCGUCAUCAUCUCCAAGAACAUGCUGUCGCUCCUCUCCUGCGUCUUCGUGCAGCAGAUGCAAAGUAAUUUCUGCUGGGUGAUCCAGCUCUUCAGCCUGGUUUGUACCGUCAAGGGCUACUAUGACCCCAAGGAGAUGGGCAAGGACCAGGACUGCUCGCUGCCCAUAGAGGAGGCUGGCAUCAUCUGGGACAGCAUCUGCUUCUUCUUCCUCCUCCUUCAGCGCAGAGUCUUCCUCAGUUACUAUUUCCUGCAUGUCAUGACGGAGCUCCAGGCCUCGGCCCUGCAGGCCUCCAGAGGAUUCGCGCUGUACAAGGCCAGCACCCUGAAGAGCAUGAGUUCCCACCGGCAGACCGAGGAGAAGUCACUAGCCCAGCUCAAGCGACAGAUGGAGAGGAUCCGGGCAAAGCAGGAGAAGUACCACAUGGGGCAACACCCCAGCGACUCUGCCGAGGCCCCGGAUGAGGACCAACCAGAGCCAAGUGGCGAGAAGGACCCUUCCCGGCAGAGGAAGAGUUGGUGGCGGCCCUGGUUAGACCAUGCCGCAGUCCUGCACUCAGGUGAGUAUUUCCUCUUCGAGUCGGACAGCGAGGAGGAGGAGGAGGCCAGCUUGGAGGAGCAGAAGCCAGCCAAGCAGAGUGCAUUCCAGCUGGCGUAUCAAGCCUGGGUGACCAAUGCCAAGUCUGUGCUGAAGGAGCGGCAGCAGCAGGACCGGGAGGACGCUGAGUUGCCAGCAGGGGACGGCGGAGACGGAGACGUCUGUGAGGCCGACGCACCUGAAGAGCCUGAGGACCAAGAGGAGGAAGAGGACACAGAGAGGAGCAACACAAUGCAGCGGGCGCUGAACGUGGUGCGUUUCCUAUGGGUGCUGUGCCAGGCCACGGUGGACGGGCUCACCCAGUGGCUCCACACCUUCACCAAGGAGCACAGGGACAUGUCCACCGUCCUGUGGGUGGAGAGAUACGUCCUCACCCAGAAGCUGUGCCAGGGAGACGAGGUGCACAGCGGGGUCCUGGACGACCUGUACCAGCCGGCGCUGGGCGACGAGAUGGGCCUGCAGGCGGCCGUCGCCGUGGGCUCUCGCAACAGCAUGGCUUCAAGUGGGUGCGAAGGAGGAGACCUUCUCAGCAGUGGGGCUGAGGUCACUAACGACACCACCUCCCCCGUGACAACCGGCUACCACAGCGAGGAGCAGAUGGGCUCCCAGGAGGAUGUGGAGCGGAUCCAGGGGUCUCAGGAGCUCCUGGUGUAUCCCAGAAACCGGACCCGGACGGCCAGUGAGCUGCUCUCCAACAGGCAGGUGAUCUUCCAGGAGCUGGAGGAGUCUGAGCAGUUCUACCUGUCCCAGAACCGCUUCCUCAAGCUGCUGCUGGCCCUGUACCACUUCGUGGCUGCCCAUUCCGAGCUACUCUGCUACUUCAUCAUCAUCCUCAACAACAUGGUGACGGCUUCCGUCAUCUCCCUCUUCCUGCCCAUCCUGGUCUUCCUGUGGGCCAUGCUCUCCAUCCCACGGCCCAGCAAGCGCUUCUGGAUGACGGCCAUCAUCUUCACCGAGGUGGUAGUGGUGGUGAAAUACCUCUUCCAGUUCGGGUUCUUUCCUUGGAACAGCUACUCCUCACUGGUGCGGAACGAGGCCAAGCCCUUCUUCCCGCCGCGCAUCCUGGGCCUGGAGAAGACCGACCACUACCUCAAGUUUGACCUUGUCCAGCUCAUGGCUCUGUUUUUCCACCGCUCCCUCCUGCUGUGUUAUGGCCUGUGGGAUCACAAGGAGGAUGCCUUCGCCAAGUGGAAGCGCGAGGCCGAGCGGGCGGAGGAGGAGAAGCGCGAGGCCGAGCGGGCGGAGGAGGAGAAGCGCGAGGCCGAGCGGGCGGAGGAGGAGAAGCGCGAGGCCGAGCGGGCGGAGGAGGAGAAGCGCGAGGCCGAGCGGGCGGAGGAGGAGAAGCGCGAGGCCGAGCGGGCGGAGGAGGAGAAGCGUGAGGCCGAGCGGGCGGAGGAGGAGAAGCAGUGCGAGCUGGACUCGGGGGACGGUGCAGAGGCAGAGGUGGUGUCAGCAGAGCUGGAGCCCCAGCUCCAGGAGAAGGGGGCUGGGGAGGGGGAGAAGGGGAGCCACCUGCGCUUCCGGAAGAAGAAGGAGAAGAGGAGGUGGACCAAGAAGUGGAAGGCAACGGCAGCAGUGUCAGAGGAGGAAGAAGAGAAGGAAAAGGAAGAGAAGAAGCAGAGCCCAGCCUGGGAGAAGCUGAAGGCUGCUGGGCUCAGAGUCAAGCUCUUCUUCCUAGCUGUGGCACAGAACAUGUAUCGGCCACUGAGGGGCUUUUUCUGCGCCAUCCUGAACACCAAGUAUCAGGCUGCUACUGAUGUCUACGCCCUCAUGUUCCUGGCAGACGUGGUCGACUUCAUCAUCAUCAUCUUCGGCUUCUGGGCCUUUGGGAAACACUCGGCCGCUGCCGACAUCACCUCCUCGCUGUCGGACGACCAGGUGCCGGAGGCCUUCCUGGUCAUGCUGCUCAUCCAGUUCUCCACCAUGGUCAUCGACCGCGCCCUCUACCUCCGCAAGACCGUGCUGGGCAAGCUCAUCUUCCAGGUCAUCCUGGUCUUCGGCAUCCACCUCUGGAUGUUCUUCAUCCUGCCCGCAGUCACCGAAAGGAUGUUCAGUCUGAACACAGUAGCCCAGCUGUGGUACUUCGUGAAGUGCAUCUAUUUCGCUCUGUCAGCCUAUCAGAUCCGCUGUGGCUACCCGACUCGCAUCCUGGGCAACUUCCUGACCAAGAAAUACAACCACCUCAACCUCUUCCUCUUCCAAGGGUUUCGCCUGGUGCCCUUCCUGGUGGAGCUGCGGGCCGUGAUGGACUGGGUCUGGACUGACACCACCCUGUCCCUCUCCAACUGGAUGUGCGUAGAGGACAUCUACGCCAACAUCUUCAUCAUCAAGUGCAGCCGGGAGACUGAGAAGAAAUACCCCCAGCCCAAGGGCCAGAAGAAGAAGAAGAUUGUCAAGUACGGCAUGGGGGGCCUUAUCAUCCUCUUCCUCAUCUGCAUCAUCUGGUUCCCGCUGCUCUUCAUGUCGCUGGUGCGCUCCGUGGUGGGCGUGGUCAACCACCCCAUUGACGUCACCGUCACCCUCCAGCUGGGGGGCUACGAGCCGCUCUUCACCAUGAGUGCCCAGCAGCAGUCCAUCCAGCCCUUCACGCCCCAGGACUACGAGGUGCUCACCAACCAGUUUGAAAGGCAGCCGGUGGCCAUGCAGUUCAUCACGCUGUACGGCUACGAGGACAUCGUGACAGCGCGCAUCGAGGGCAGCUCGGGCUCGCUCUGGAGCAUCAGCCCCCCCAGCCGCGAGCAGAUGCGGAGGGAGCUGCUGAACGGCUCGUCGGACAUCACGCUGCGGCUCACCUGGACCUUCCAGAGGGACCUGGGCAAGGGGGGCACCGUGGAGCACACCUUCGAUAAGCACACCACCGACCUGCAGCCGGGCACCCCCGUCCGCACCGAGCUCGCCAACCUGCUGCAGGGAACCAGGGACGCCCCCGUGCAAGUCCCCCACCUCUUCCCCACGUACAUCCGCGCGCCCAACGGCCCAGAGGCCAACCCCGUCAAGCAGCUGCUGCCAGAGGAGGAGGAGAGCUACCUGGGCGUGGAGGUGCAGCUGAAGCGGGAGCCCGUGGGUGCAGGGGGCGGCACCGACAGCUUCCUGGAGUGGUGGGUGGUGCGGCUGACCGAGUGCCAGCAGCGGGACUGCGACAUCCUGCCCAUGGUGAUCUUCAACGACAAGGUCAGCCCGCCCAGCCUGGGCUUCCUGGCCGGCUACGGCAUCAUGGGCCUCUAUGUAUCUAUCGUGCUGGUGAUCGGCAAGUUCGUGCGGGGCUUCUUCAGCGAGAUCUCGCACUCCAUCAUGUUCGAGGAGCUGCCGUGCGUGGACCGCAUCCUCAAGCUGUGCCAGGACAUCUUCCUGGUGCGCGAGACGGGCGAGCUGGAGCUGGAAGAGGAGCUUUACGCCAAGCUCAUCUUCCUCUACCGCUCGCCCGAGACCAUGAUCAAGUGGACACGGGAGAAGGAGUAGCAGGGAGCCACCGGCGACCAGCGCUGCGGCUGCGGGCCCCCUCUGACCCCUGGAAUGUCACAACUGAGGCCUUAAACCAGCCCAGCUGGAGAGCCCCGUGGGGGGGGGGGGAGCUGGGCCGAGUGCACCCUGAGCGCUCCAGGCCAGCCCCAGUGACUGCAGGGGGUCCCACCCUGCCUGGGGGUCUGAGCUGUGCCCAGCACCACCCCUGAGGGAGAGGGGGCACCUUGGGAAGGCUGGACUUGUGCUUUUUAAAAGGAAGUUUAACUGCUUUACUAGUGAGUCCUUCAAAGGUAGCUGGGUGAAGACCCCCCCUCCCCAGGAGCCAUGGUCCCUCCACAUCAGCUGGGUGGGGACACGCUCCUGCCCCGGCCCCACCUCAGUGCCUUCCAGCCCUGCUGCUGCCAGGCUGUUAGCACCCCAGAGAGAAGGGGGGGUGCACUCUGGAGCCCAUUCAGCAGCUGUGCCUGCCUGUGAGGGAGAUGGCCUCCCCCUCCUGCAGCGGGAGAAUCCAAGCCAGCCGGCCGCAGUUGCUCCCAACCCCGCUGCAGGUAAAGCCUGGCCCAGUCACCCCCUUGGCCUGCUCCUGAAGCCGGCUGCACUAACUCUCCAAAGCAAUACCUUACUCCCCCAGCACAGCACUGGCCAGCACCCAUGGGUGCAAGCAGAGGGUCCCACUGGCCUGACACCCCUGCAGGAGGUGCUGGGCUUGCCGCCCCUCUUGCCCUGCCUGCAGAGGGUGUGGGACAUGCUACUGCAGCCACUGCUCCCCGUGCUAGCCCCAUGCAGGCAGCUCAGCGGAGCUCCGCUUGCCCCAGGACUGGUUUGCCCCCCGCACCCCUCCCAGCCACUCCCAGGGGCGAGGGCUGGGCUCCCUCCAGCUGGACUGUAGAUUUUUUUAAAAAAUUCAAAUGGUUUAUUUAUAAAGAUCUCUAAUAAAAGCCAAGCCAAGGCCUGCUAGUGUGA